AUGUCGGUCAAGUUUGAGAAAGAGCAAAUCCGAACAACGGCGCCUCUGGUCCCGGGUGGCCGUAAUGAGAGCACAGCGCACAAGCUCGGUGAAGCUCUAACAGGUGGAAAGCAACAGACUGGCUAUCUUGCUGCCUACCUCAAACAGCUCCAAUCAAAUCCGCUGCGCACAAAGAUGUUGACCUCGGGGACAUUAUCUGCUCUGCAAGAACUUCUAGCCUCGUGGCUUGCCCAUGACCGCAGCAAGCAUGGCCACUACUUCAGCUCGAGGAUUCCCAAGAUGGCCAUCUAUGGCUCCUUCGUCAGUGCGCCCAUGGGCCAUUUUCUCAUCGGCUUUCUUCAAUGGGUCUUCGCAGGCCGCACAAGCUUAAAGGCAAAGAUCCUCCAGAUCUUGACCAGCAAUUUGGUGAUUUCUCCAAUCCAGAAUACCAUAUAUCUAGCCUCUAUGGCCGUCAUUGCUGGCGCACGUACCUGGCACCAGAUCCGUGCCACCGUCCGUGCUGGUUUCUGGCCUGUCAUGAAGGUCAGCUGGAUCACAUCUCCAAUUGCUCUGGCUUUUGCCCAAAAAUUCCUCCCGGAACAAACGUGGGUUCCGUUCUUCAACAUUGUCGGUUUCUGCAUCGGCACCUAUAUCAACACCCACACCAAGAAGAAGCGACUCGCAGCAUUGAGGAAGAAGCAUUAUGGAGAUGGCAGGAGCUCGUCUGGCCGUCCUGAUGAGAGACACUAG